GAAAGAGUUCAAGAGGCAAGCUGAGUUCUUUAGCCCCACACCCUGGCCUGCGCAGAAGGAUCGGGGUCCGGGUGCGAAUUUAGGAGAAACACGAACUCUUGAGGAACAGCACAGAGACUUUAAGCAAGGGAAAAGGGGACAUAGAGUCUUGGGAUCCGCUGGAUUUCGCAUCAAGCGAAACCUUCGCUUCCAGAGCCGAGAGCGGGGGUUUCCUCUCGGAAGGGGCACAGCAGCCCCUGCCCCUCACCCCUGAGCAGCGUCGAGGAAAGGUAUUUUACCAUGGCUGAGGCUACGGAGCCCAAGGAGGUCGCUCCGGGUUCCCAGGGGCAACCCGAAGGUGUGGCGAUAGAGGUACCAGGAGAGCCUGGGGCUGCGGACCUGGAGGGGCGGGAAGCAAGCGAGGGAGCUGCAGAGGCACCCGGGGACCUGGGGGCGGGCGCAGAGGCCACGGCCUCGGGGAAGGAGGAAGGAGGCUGUGGGCUGGAUGGGGGAAUCGAGGGAGCGCAGGCGCAGGACCUGCGCACCGGCCCCGGGACGGAGACGCCGGGCGCCUGCGGAGCUCCGGGGGAAUCGGAGGCAGCAGAGCGGGACUCCGAAGGCGCCAGGAUCCCGCAGGGAGCGGAGGAGGCGCCCAGCGCCCAGCAGGUGCGGGAUAUGAGCUCGGGGCAAGACGCUCAGGGUGAGGCCCCCGAGGUCCCUGGGGACGCUCGCCGGGAGCCAGAGGACCCCAUGGCCUCAGAGGCAGGGGAAGAGGCAGAAUCCGGUCAGGAAGCGCAGGGAGGCAGCGCGCCAGGGUUCCAGAUUAACCCAGAAGUCCAGGGACCUGCAGGGGACAACAUGGACACAGAGGCACCCGCAGGAGGGUCACUCGGGUCAGAGGGUGAGCCCCAGGGUGGAGGGGAAAGCAGCCUUCAGCCCCAGGAUGAGGCGAUUGAGAUUGCAGCGGCCGAGAUCGAAGGGCAGGAGCCCGGAGAGCUGGCGGGCGCUUCGGCCGCAGACGCCGCGGGGGAAGUGGGUACUGUGGGAAAAGAUGGGUCCGAGGAAGCAGCUCCUGAGGAGGCGAUGGUAGACGCUGGUAAGAAUGGGGACCAGGCCAGGCUCCAAGAGGAGACUGGGGAGGAAGAAGCGAGGCCAGAACCCGGGUUGAAGGGACCCUGUGAAGAGGCCAUCCAAGAAAAGUCCCCCGACGGUAGCCUUGAUGGAGAGGAGGCCAAACCCACUGGGCACGAGGAGUCCCAGGCGGAGCUCAGCAACCACCUAGGCGAGGAGCCCAGCGCCCAGGGUGGAGAAGAGUUGGGGCGAGUGAACGGUCGCAGGGAGAACGGCCCAGCAUCGGAGGAAGGGGAUCCAGGGCAGGAGCACGACAUCACCCUCUUUGUCAAGGGGGAUGAGCUCACACUGGCCGACUGUAACCUCUUACCCAAGCUCCAUAUCAUUAAGAUUGUGGCCAAGAAAUACAGAGAUUUUGAGUUUCCUUCUGAAAUGACUGGCAUUUGGAGGUACUUGAACAACGCUUAUUCCCGGGAUGAGUUCACUAACACGUGUCCAGCUGACCAGGAGAUUGAACACGCGUAUUCAGACGCAGCGAAAAGGAUGAAAUGAUGCUUGCUGGCUUCCGUCUUUUUCUCAGACGAGCGAGCGAGGCUCCAGGAGAGCCUUCUAUGUUUCUUCCCCAAAACAGCUUUUGCAAAAUGACGCUGACUCUCUUAAUGCCACCACAGGAUGCACGGCCUUGCGAUUCGUCUACUUGUUCCUCCGUCUCAUCUAUGCUAGUUCAUAUCUUUGAGAUUCAGUACUUUUAUAAUCCGUGUUUGGGGCGACAGUGUUUUGUAGCUUGUUUCAGAGAAAAUUGCCUUUGACUCUAGUUCUCAUUAUUUUUAAGAGGUUAGUCUUUGAUAGUUUUGAGAAUCACAUGACUUGUUUUUCUCUUUUCAAAUAAUAGUUUAAAAUGAAAAUGCUGUUUUAUAUACUUAUAAAAUACUUUAGAACAGUAUUAGAGGGUGUGAAGAAGAAAUUAAAAAUCACCUAAAAUUUAUUCUAUGUAUUUUCUGGUAACAAUUGGGUGAACAUUUUCAGAACCACCAAUCUUUCACGUAUGCUUGUGCACAUACUUACUCAUGCGUGCACAUACAUCACAUGUAAUUUCAUUCAUCCGUGGCAUGGCAUUUGUGUAAAAGAACAAUGAAGGGACAUCAUCACAGAAGACUUAAAACAAAGGGUUUGGCCCUCCCAAGUCAUAUAGGGAUUGUAGAGCCUCUUGCAGAACCAUGGGACAGCAGGAGGUAGGGGAAUGGGACCAGGGUGUCUUGCUUCUGCCCCAAGGACGCUGCUGCCUCUGAGUCCAGGUGUGGGGAGGCUCCCUGUGCCUUGGGGUCUACUCCUUUUUGGUACCUUCUCUUCUCGCUUCCCCAGAAGGAGGGUGCUUUCAUGGGGACUCUUCCUGUCGGCUCUGGCUUGGAGACUCUCCCUGCCCUACAUCACAAUGUAAGCCUAUGACUACUGCUCAAGGCAGUGUUUCAGUGAAGAUGACGUACCUGAGGUUAGCUCAGUCAUGUCUCCUUUCUAUCUCAUUGCUGUUCUUUCUAUCUCAACCUGAGGCCAAGCAUGAAAACUAAAUUCCAGAUGAAAAUCCAGAAAGUCCCCGCUCUUAAGCCUUUCUGGCAAAUGGUCUUUUCCUGAGAAGUUGAGGAGUUUCUGGUCUGCUUGUGACAUUCCCUCCAUCAUCCUUGGGGAUACCCUGCAUCAUAGUGAAGCCUGCUGGGCUUCAUCAUGAAUGAGGAAAUGUGAGCUUGCCCAGAUGCUCUGCAAGACUUCUCCGGCUUGACCCUUCACAGCCGCACACCCUACAGGAAACAUCUCUUGUACGCUCGACUAGAGUGCUGGACUCUGGAUCGCUCAUGCUCCAUAGGCAAUUGGGGUGAGGGUACCAGUAAGAUCCCGAGAUUAGGUGAAAAAUAUCUCGUAAGGAAAUAAAGUCCAACAUGGUGACCACUACGUUUUCUUGUUUCUUGGAAGCCAUGGCUUCAAUCCAGUAGUCUGUUUUCAGGGUCAUGUCUAGCCUGUCCACCUCGGUCCACAUCACUCCACACCUCUGUAGGAGUCAUCUUUAUAAGUCCACUUUUACAACGUGACAUUCAAACUUGGCAAAUGAUGACGAUCGGGAGUUAGUUAAUUUUGUUCUUUUAGAUAUUAAAAUGAUCACAAGCUGUGUGCCUUACAAAUUAAACAUUUUCAAUCAACUUCA